AUGACCACCAUCUGGCACCCACCCUUCGUUAGCGGGGUCCCCAUCGUCGUCAAAGAAGAGCCCGACGACGACCACCACCAACCCCCCGCCGUCAACGUCGAACCUCCCGCGGACGACCAUGGAGAAGACGAAAAGUCCGAGGAUCUCGCGGGGAAGGGGACGACGAUUUGGCGACCCAACCUCGACCGGCUGCGCGCCAGCGUCGCCGAGAUGGAGGGAUCAGAAAGCGAAGAGGAGCAGAAGGAUGCGACGAAGAAGGGCGUGAAGAGGAAGAGAGCCCCUCGCACGAAGGGGCCAUGCGAGCACGGGGUGAAGUGGAGGUCGCAGUGCAAGGUGUGCAGCGCUUGUCCGCACGGAAAGAGGCGCUCUCGGUGCAAGGAGUGCGGCGGGACAUCAAUCUGCGUGCACGCUCGUGAGCGCUCUAAGUGCAAGGAGUGCGGCGGGUCUGAAAUCUGCGAGCACGGCCGUAGGCGCCCUCAAUGCAAGGAGUGCGGCGGGGCAUCAAUAUGCGAGCACGGCCGGCAGCGCUCUCAGUGCAAGGAGUGCGGUGGGUCUCAAAUCUGCCAGCACGGUCGUCACCGCCAAUACUGCAAGGAGUGCGGUGGGUCUCAAAUCUGCGUGCACGCUCGUGUGCGCUCUAAGUGCAAGGAGUGCGGCGGGUCUCAAAUCUGCCAGCACAAUCCACGACCGUCGGCGCUCUGA